AUGAUUGCUCAAUCCCAAAACCAUCACAAGAAACCCCCCAAACAACCCCUCAAAAGCCCACAAAAACAAUGGUCCAUUGCCGAUUUCGAAAUCGGUAAACCCCUUGGCAAAGGCAAGUUCGGCCGUGUCUACCUCGCCCGUGAAAUCAAGAGCAAGUAUAUAGUGGCGCUGAAGGUGAUUUUUAAGGAGCAAAUAGAGAAGUACAGAUUGCACCACCAGUUGAGAAGGGAAAUGAAGAUCCAGAUCAGUCUCCGUCACCCAAAUGUCUUGAGACUUUUUGGGUGGUUCCAUGACGAGGAACGGAUUUUCUUCAUCUUGGAAUAUGCUCAUGGAGGUGAACUCUACAAAGAGCUACGGAAAUCUGGCCGCCUCUCCGAAAGACAAGCUGCCACUUACAUUGCGAGUCUCACACAGGCCUUGGCAUACUGUCAUGAGAAGGAUGUGAUUCACAGGGAUAUCAAACCAGAGAAUUUGCUACUCGACCAUGAGGGACGACUGAAAAUUGCUGACUUCGGAUGGUCUGUACAAUCAAAAAGCAAGAGACACACUAUGUGCGGAACUUUGGACUAUUUAGCACCGGAAAUGGUGGAGAAUAAGGCUCAUGACUAUGGAGUUGAUAAUUGGACUUUAGGCGUUCUCUGCUAUGAAUUUUUGUAUGGGGCCCCUCCAUUCGAGGCCGAAAGCCAGAAGGACACAUUUAGAAGGAUUAUGAAGGUCGACCUAAACUUCCCUGACACCCCUCAUGUUUCUGCUGAUGCUAAAAAUCUCAUUAGCCAGCUUCUUGUAAAGGACUCGACAAAGAGGCUUUCUCUUCAGAAGAUCACGGAACAUCCUUGGAUAGUUAAGAAUGCUGAUCCCAUGGGAACCUGCUCGAAUUAA